UUCUGUUCUGUUCUUCCGGUUUCACGGCUGAUCCGACUUCACCGAGCGGAAGUGCACGAGCGUUGAUGUGGAAAUUCACCACAGUGUGAGGUGUAAAUGCGACCGGGCGCGCGCGGGGAAACAGCGGAGUGAUCUUACUCAGGUACCGGGAGCAGGAAUGUCUGAGGCUAGUCUCAAAUCACAGAGGAACCUGUCAUGCUCUCAGGAAGAGGUUCAGAGUGAUAUGGACAAGUCUGUGAGCCAAUCAGAGAGCAUCACUGAUGACAUGCACAUGACUGAGAUCCAUAUUAAUGACAGUAGCAGUGCUGAAAUCCUCAGCCAUGAGCGUAAUGAUGAGGAUGGUGAUGAUGUUGAUGAAGGCCAUCAGGAUGCAGUAAUGCAGAACCACAGCAGUAAUGACCGAGUUCAUACAGUCACUGAGAAGAUCUCUGACCCCAGAUCAGCUAAUCCUGAAACGUCACAGAAUGUAAAGGUGGUCAUGGCAGACGAGGUGUGCAGGAGUCCAGCUGCCGAGCUGUCAGUCAGCAGUAACGGAGCCUCGGGUGGAGACGAGUUCCAGCGUGACGUGUCACAUGGUCUGUCCUCUGGACCAAUCACAUCGCACAUCCACAGUGCACCAGACCAUGGCAUGAUGAGCGAGGGCGUGGUUGCAGUGGGACCAUACACAGGACAGAAGCGUCAGCCUUCAUCCUCCUCGUCUCCUUCGUCUCCCACCGUGUUUCCCAGUCCUGUGGCGGCUAGCCGUCUGUCUCGCUCUGGCAGUGAUAGUCAGUUGGAGAGAGAGACAGGCUCUGUGAAAGAACAGUCUAGCAGCGGUGCUGUGGUUCUCGCUGAUGACCUGAAAAACCCGGCGAUGGAAAAACUUGAGUUGGUCAGGAAGUGGAGCAUUAACACGUACAAAUGCACUAAGCAGAUCCUGUCGGAGAAGCUGGGUCGUGGUUCACGCACUGUGGAUCUGGAGCUGGAGGCUCGUAUUGAUGUGCUGCGUGAUAACAAGCGUAAAUAUGAGCAGGUGGUGAAGCUGGCACAGACACUGGCCAAUCAGCUCACGCAGGUGAUGCAGACGCAGCGUCAACUGGGCGACGCCUUCGCUGACCUUAGCCUCAAAACACCUGAGCUGCAUGAGGAGUUUGGCUACAAUGCUGAGACUCAGAAGCUCCUGUCUAAGAAUGGUGAGACUCUAUUAGGAGCCAUCAACUUCUUCAUAGCCAGCGUCAACACUCUGGUGGACAAAACCAUCGAGGACACCAUGGUCAACAUCAAACAGUAUGAAGCAGCUAGGGUCGAAUAUGAUGCGUAUCGUACGGAUCUGGAGGAGCUGAAUCUCGGCCCGCGCGACGCCACCACACUGCCCAAGAUCGAGCAGUCUCAGAUCCAAUUCCAGAUCCACCGCGAAAAAUAUGAGAAGAUGCGCAAUGACGUCUCCAUUAAACUCCAAUUUCUGGAGGAGAAUAAGGUGAAGGUUCUCCACAAUCAGCUGAUCCUCUUCCACAACGCCAUCGCUGCGUAUUUUGCUGGAAACCAACAGCACCUGGAGCAGACCCUGCGACAGUUCCACAUCAAACUGAAAAUGCCUGGUGCAGACACGCCCUCCUGGUUAGAGGAACACUGAGUCCUAAACUAAACCCCCCUCCAAAGGUCCUGCAAGUGUUUUGUUCCAGAGAGGAAGCAGGAAGUUCAUACACUCCUCAAAUACUAAAAAUCUCAGAAAUACCCCGUCGUCUUGCCAUUUUUCUGGUUUUUUUUCCACUCAAGGACACUAAAGUUGUUAAGAAAUUUAAAGUUGUGUUUGGAGGGAAAAAGAAAACCUAAGAACAAAUGAUUUCUCUUUCAGUUCCUCAGUUAGGUUUUGAAGCGAGUGUUUAUCUGGGAGAAGAGUUUUGUUCUUGUGUGGGUGAAAAUCAGACGUGCACUUUAAUAACAUCCUAAAACAGUUACGACAAAUCAGAUCUUUUUUUUUUUUUAUAAAAA